UUCGAGGCGUCCAUUCGUUUUUCACUUAUUUACCCCCUCUAUUCUGCUGGCGCUGGUCUUCAUAUGGGAGGCCAUCCAGUGACUGCUGAUGUGUUUAUAGGGCUGGCGAAUGUCCUGGAGAAGUAUUGGUGGCGCAGCUGCAUUCACCGAUCGCGACUGUUAGACGACGAGAGGACUUUCUUGUCAGGGGGUUCCAUUCUCAUGGGUAAUGACGCACCCGCGUAAAGUAAGUCGUAGUCCCUCAAGACAAGGACGCCAGCAGGAACGAUGACGACGCGGCAACCGAGUGCGGCCCUCCGGGGGGCGAUGGUGGUGGAUGGUGGUUUGAUUUUUUUUUCUUUUUGCUUUCUUAUAUUUCUUAUUUAUGAUACCCCUUUUGUAUUUUCGUUCUUGUUGCUGUUUUUGCUUUCUUGCUUCUGUGUUCUGUCUUUCGUUCUGUCUUUCAUUGUUGCUUGUUCUUCAUGGGGUCAUUCGCAUCUAUUUGUUAUAUUUUGCCAUUUCAUCAUGACUCUCGCUGUGAGGGGUAUGGAGAAGUGCAGUUGUCAUGUAUUCUUGUUUUGUCUUUCUUGUUCUGCUUCGUUCCCCUUCAUGUCCGUUUUCUUUUCUAUCGUUUCUGUCUCUUCUUUCAGGCGUACUGUUUUGGCGUUUGGCGUUUGGGCGUUUUGUUUCUUUUGUCCAGUCGUACGGGCCUUGUGUACGGCACUCAAGCAAGACUUGCACCUCUACGUGGUGCUUGAGACUAGUAGCCAAAAGGUGAAGCAAAGCAAGUCAAUUCAAUCGUUGUUAUCUUGCCAGCAGAGAAUUCAGCGGAUUUUGUAAUUGCAAUUUGCACGCCAUGACGUGCUAACAAACAGUUAUCGUAUCAUGACAGUAAGUCGGUAUCUUCAAGAUCACACUACACGAAACUAAGAUUGA